CUGCUCCUCCGCUGCCGCCGGGCGAGUCCGCGGCGCCGCCAGCUCCGCGCGCGAACUCCCGUCCAUGGCACGCAGGGCGGCGGCCGCCCGAGCUGCCCGAGUCCCGCCCGCCGCCGCCGCCGCGCCGCACUCCUAGGCGAGUCCGGAGGUCGAGCGCGGAGGAGAAGUGCGCCCGGAGCUGCAGCCCCCGCCGGCCGCCGCCGCGCGGCGAGAGGGAGUUCCCGGAGCGGCCGCGGCCCCGGCCGGCCCCCUCCCUGCGCCCUCCCCCUCGCGGCGAGGCUGCCCCGCGCCCGCGCCCGCGCCCGCCGCCCGCCGCGAUGAUCUUCCCCAGCAGCAGCGGCGGCAACCCCGGGGGCAGCGGCAGCUGCAGGACGCCCUAUCGCAAGCAGCAGUCUCUGGUCCCGGCCCACCCUAUGGCCCCUCCCAGCCCCAGCACCACCAGCAGUAAUAACAACAGCAGUAGCAGUAGCAACUCAGGAUGGGAUCAGCUCAGCAAAACGAACCUCUACAUCCGGGGGCUGCCUCCCAGUACCACAGACCAGGACCUGGUGAAGCUGUGUCAGCCAUACGGGAAAAUCGUUUCCACGAAGGCAAUUUUGGAUAAGACAACAAACAAAUGCAAAGGUUAUGGUUUUGUUGACUUUGACAGUCCUGCAGCAGCUCAGAAGGCUGUGUCUGCCCUGAAGGCAAAUGGGGUUCAAGCUCAAAUGGCAAAGCAACAGGAACAAGAUCCUACCAACCUGUAUAUUUCCAAUUUGCCACUGUCCAUGGAUGAGCAAGAACUUGAAAAUAUGCUAAAACCAUUUGGACAAGUUAUUUCCACAAGGAUACUACGUGAUUCCAGUGGGACAAGUCGUGGUGUUGGCUUUGCUAGGAUGGAAUCAACAGAAAAGUGCGAAGCCGUUAUUGGUCAUUUUAACGGAAAAUUCAUUAAGACACCACCCGGAGUUUCUGCUCCUACAGAACCUUUAUUGUGUAAGUUUGCGGAUGGAGGACAGAAGAAGAGACAGAACCCAAACAAAUACAUCCCUAAUGGAAGACCUUGGCAUAGAGAAGGAGAGGUGAGACUUGCUGGAAUGACACUUACUUAUGACCCAACCACAGCUGCUAUACAGAACGGAUUUUAUCCUUCACCAUACAGUAUUGCUACAAACCGAAUGAUCACUCAAACGUCUAUUACACCCUACAUUGCGUCUCCUGUAUCUGCCUACCAGGUGGCAAAGGAAACCAGAGAAAACAAGUAUCGGGGCUCUGCUAUCAAGGUGCAAAGUCCUUCUUGGAUGCAACCUCAACCAUAUAUCCUACAGCACCCCGGUGCCGUGUUAACUCCCUCGAUGGAGCACACCAUGUCACUACAGCCUGCGUCGAUGAUCAGCCCUCUGGCCCAGCAGAUGAGUCACCUGUCACUAGGCAGCACUGGAACAUACAUGCCUGCCACAUCAGCUAUGCAGGGGGCCUAUUUGCCACAGUACACACACGUGCAGACGGCGGCGGUUCCUGUGGAGGAGGCGAGUGGUCAGCAGCAGGUGGCUGUAGAGACGUCUAAUGACCAUUCUCCAUAUACCUUUCAACCCAAUAAGUAACUGUGAGAUGUACAGAAGGGUGUUCUUAUAUGAAGAAGGUUGUGAAGGCUGAACAAUCAUGGAAUUUUCUGAUCAAUUGUGCUUUAGGAAAUUAUUGACAGUUUUGCACAGGUUCUUGAAAACGUUAUUUAUAAUGAAAUCAACUAAAACUAUUUUUGCUAUAAGUUCUAUAAGGUGCAUAAAACCCUUAAAUUCAUUUAGUAGCUGUUCCCCUGAACAGGUUUAUUUUAGUAAAAAAAAAAAAAACAAAAAACAACAAAAAACAAAAAGAUUUUUAUCAAAUGUUAUGAUGCAAAAAAAGAAAAAAAAAAGAAAAAAGGAAAAAAAAAAAAAAGAA